AUGUUAAUAAAAAAUCUAAUAUAAAUUUUAUAAAUUUAAAAUAUUUAUAACUAAAAUAAAAAAUAAUAAAUAAGAAACCUAAUUUAAAUAAUAUUAUAAUUUUAAAAAUAUUUAUAGUUAAAGGACAACCGAAUUAAACCUGCAAAGUUGAGGAGCCAAAAAAAAAAAAAAAAAAAAAAAAGAAAAAAUAUGGGUUUCCCUUCGAAUUGGUAUUAACUGUCGGAAUCAGACGAGUAACAGCCGCGUGGCAUCCAACUGCAAGUCAAAGUCACAGAUCUCAAGAUCACCUUCCUUCAUGUGCUCCCUUUCUCUUUCUCCUAUGAAUCAAAUUCUCAAAAUUCCAAACAAAAAAGGAAAUCUUAUGACAUACACUCACGUAAAUAUAUAUUUAUAUAAUAAUAUUAUUAGAAAAAUGAAAACCCAUCUCCGAUGACCCAUCUGGCGCCAUUAUUCUCGCUCUAAAUAAACUGUCAACACUUAUAUGUAACUUCUUUUGUUCUUGGUUCAGUUAAGGAGCUUGUUAACCGGCAAAUUCCAUUAAUGAUACUACUGUUCUUCUGGGGGAAUUUUGUUUCUUAAUUCCUUUAGAUGGUUUCUUGAAUCCAUUUAUAUAUAUUUAUAUAUAUAAGAAGGAUAGAAAAUUUUACUACUUGUAUAGAUAUAGAGAGAGACACAGAAAAGAAAAUGGAUAUAACAGAGACAUCAAUAAUGCAUCAUGUGGGUAUUAUACUGUUUGUGCUUUGGUUGCUUUCUUACUUCAAUCGAUGCCACCCAUUUGCCUUCUUUAUAUCGUUGAUUUAUCUUUACUUGGUUCAUGAGAGGUAUGUUAUGAGAUUGAGAAGGAAAUUGCAGUUCCAAGAAAGAAAGCAAGCCAAUCAGAAAAGAGCACUCUCUGAUUCUGAAAGUGUGAGAUGGUUGAACCAUGCUGUGGAAAAGAUAUGGCCCAUUUGUAUGGAGCAGAUUGCGUCUCAAAAGAUUCUACUUCCCAUUAUACCUUGGUUCCUGGAGAAGUAUAAGCCAUGGACUGCUAAAAAGGCUGUGGUUCAACACAUGUAUUUGGGAAGAACUCCACCAUUGUUCACUGAAAUGAGGGUUCUUCGCGAAUGUACCGGCGAUGACCACUUGGUAUUGGAGUUGGGAAUGAAUUUUUGCACUGCAGAUGAUAUGAGUUCUGUGCUUGCUGUCAAAUUAAGGAGAAGGUUAGGUUUUGGAAUGUGGGCAAAGUUGCAUAUGACAGCCAUGCACGUUGAGGGGAAGGUCUUGAUUGGAGUGAAGUUCCUUAGCCACUGGCCUUUCCUUGGCCGUUUGAGGAUAUGCUUUGCUGAGCCACCUUAUUUCCAAAUGACUGUCAAACCUGUAUUCACUCAUGGACUUGAUGUCACUGAACUUCCUGGCAUUGCUGGAUGGCUAGACAAGCUUCUGUCAGUUGCAUUUGAGCAGACACUUGUUCAGCCCAAUAUGCUAGUUGUGGACAUGGAGAAAUUUGCUUCACCAAAACCAGAAAACUGGUUUUCUGUGGAUGAGAAGGAGCCCAUUGCUUAUGUGAAAGUUGAAGUUAUGGAAGCAACUGACAUGAAACCGUCUGACUUAAAUGGAUUGGCUGAUCCAUACGUGAAAGGGCAACUUGGCUCUUACAAAUUUAGGACAAAGAUACAAAGAAAAACUCUGGCUCCAAAAUGGCAAGAAGAAUUUAAGAUCCCCAUUUGUACAUGGGACUCCCCCAAUGUGUUAGUUAUUGAAGUUCGUGACAAGGACCAUUUUGUUGAUGAUUCCCUUGGGGAUUGUAUCAUUAACAUCAAUGAUCUUAGAGAUGGUGGGAGACAUGACAUGUGGUUGCCUUUACAGAACAUUAAAAUAGGGAGGCUGCAUCUUGCAAUAACUGUCCUUGAAGAAAAUGCAAAGGUUGGUGCUAAUAUUUUUGAUGGAGAUACUUUGAGUAAGGAAGAAAUGCAAGAUUCCUUUAUAAAUGAGACUGCAAAUAGAGCUUCCUUUUCAUCAUCCACAGCAUCCGACAAGUCUCCAAGAGUGAUCGAUAAUUUGGAGCCCAUUAACAUUGAAGGGCAAGAACAGACUGGGAUAUGGGUCCAUCAACCAGGGAAUGAAGUGUCACAAACUUGGGAACCCAGAAAAGGUAAGAGUAUGCGCCUUGAUAGUCGAGCCCGCAGAGUUCCUGGUGAUUCAUUUGGCAGUUCUAAUUUGCCAGUUUCUGGGCCCCUUAACAAUGACAGUAGCAGUAGUGAUGAAAAUGUGGAUGGAAAAAGUUCAAUGAACAGAGUGCAGCGGGGUCUACGCAAGAUUAGCUCAGUAUUUCAUAGAGGUUCUAAAAAGGAAGACAGUAUGGGCAGCAAUGAGGAUGCUGUUCAAUCUCCUUAUGCUAACAUUAAAGCAGUAAAUCAGAAGGAGAUUGGCGUGACUUUUGUAGUUGAAGACAGCCUCUCUGGAUCCACAGUGGUUAAAAAUUCAAAUGCAGUGAAUUUGAGUCCUGAUGGAAUUGCUCCAGAAACCCCAGGCAAGGGAAAUGUGAAAGACAGGGCCAAGAGCAUUUUAAAACAUGCUGAGAAGUCUGCUCGCAGCAUAAGGCAUGUACUUUCCAGGAAAGGGUCAAGAAAAUCUCGAGGUGAUUCUUCUGUUGUCACAGAACUAGAAAUUUAUCCAGAGUCUGAAUCUUCUGAUGAUGAAGAGCUUUCAUCCUCCCAAGUUGAAAAAAUCCCAAUUGUUUCCUGUCCUACAACCAACACUUGUGGCAAUGAUGAUGCUGAUAAAGUCGAGGAUAAUGUUGUCCAGGUUGAUUCAGUUGAACUUGUGACUGAUACUGAGGGGCAAAUGAACAAGGUGAAUGUUGAAGCCCUUGAAAGCGGAGAUGAGAACAAGGUGAGCUCGUUCAGUGGUGGUAAUGAACUGGAGGAGUUCUCAAAACCUCAGCUUUCUGACGAGAAAUUAGAAGUUUCAAAACCUCAGCUUUCUGGAGAUAAGAUUGAAUGAGAGAUCAAGUAGCACUAUUUUGCUUGAAGAGUGUGAAUAGUAAGAAGGAUGGCACUCAGGCUUUGCUCAGACAGAAUUCCCUGUAAAUUAUUCAUCCAUACAAAGUUUGAUACAAGUUUUGCUUAGUUUUGCUACAGCUAAAGUGCUAUGAGUUCGUUGGGGACUCAUGUUAUAUUCAUUCUUACUACAAGCUGUGAGCUAUAAACAUUUCUUUUGUUUGUAAAUUUACUUGACUCUUUUUAGGUUGUAUUGGUUCUACAAAGGGAUUACAAUGUUAGCACUAUCUUUUUUUCUUGUCAUAAAAAACAUUUUAGAUUCAAUGGAAGAUUGGAAAUGGAAA